UUCACUGCAACAGGACAGAAAUCCCUGUGAAAUAAACACAUCUGAAGAUGAAGCUGCAGUCCUUAAUCAGUUAUUUUGUUGCAGUCUGUUCCCUCUUUUGCCUGGCAGGCCUAAGGUGCUGCAGUGCUGUGCGCCAUUCUGUACAUGGUGCAUUCCCGGGACAUAGAGGUCAUAUGCAUGAGGAAUUAAAAGGAUAUGGACCAAUUUUUGAAGAACAACCCAUUGACACAAUCUAUCCAGAAGAAUCCUCAGAUGGAAGAGUUUCAAUGAAUUGCAGAGCCAGAGGAAUCCCUGCUCCCAUUUACAAGUGGAAACUUAACAACUGGGAUAUUGAUAUUACAAGGGGGCGCCACCUUAUGGUAGGAGGUAACUUGGAAAUCACUAACCCUGAGAAAUCAAGGGAUGAAGGAACAUAUGUCUGCAUAGCAUCCAACAUACAUGGAACCGUACGGAGCCGAGAAGCAAAUCUAAACUUUGGAUAUUUAAAUACAUUUACUCCUGAAGAAAGACAUGAGGUAAAAGUUCGGGAAGGUGUGGGAGCAGUGCUUCUCUGUGACCCUCCACGUCAUUACCCAGAUGAUCUGAGUUACCGCUGGGUUCUGAAUGAUUUCCCUGAAUUCAUUACUUUGGAUAAACGACGAUUUGUUUCUCAGACAAACGGCAAUCUCUACAUAGCAAAAGUAGAAGCAUCAGAUAAGGGCAACUACUCUUGCUUUGUGACCAGCAACUCAAUAGCUAAGAGUGUAUUCAGCAGUUUCAUUCCUCUUAUUCCUCAAUCAGAUCGUACGAAAGGUUAUCUGCCAGAUAUCAGAGUGAAAUUCAAAGACACAUAUGCACUUCUCGGGCAAAAUGUGACACUAGAGUGUUUUGCACUUGGAAACCCUGUUCCUGAGCUUAGAUGGUCUAAGUAUCGUGAACCCAUGGCAACCACAGCUGAGAUAAGUGCAUCUGGUGCAGUUCUCAAGAUCUUCAAUAUCCAGUUUGAAGAUGAAGGAACUUACGAAUGUGAAGCUGAAAACCACAGAGGAAAGGAUAAACAUUCAGCAAAUGUUUAUGUUCAAGCAAUGCCAGAAUGGGUGGAACAUAUCAAUGAUACUGAGAGAGAUUUGGGCAGUGAUUUACACUGGGUUUGCACAGCUACUGGCAAGCCGAUUCCAACAAUCCGGUGGUUGAAAAAUGGAUUACCGUACUGGAAAGGAGAUCUGAGAUUUUAUGACCUGAAGUUUGAUGAUGCUGGGAUGUAUCAAUGUGUAGCAGAAAACGUACAUGGAAUCAUCUAUUCAAACGCCGAGCUCAAAAUUAUAGUUCUACCUCCUACCUUUGAAUUCUAUCCCAUGAAGAAGAAAGUCUUAGCUGCUAGGGGAGGUCAUGCUAUAAUUGAGUGCAAGCCUAGAGCUGCUCCUAGGCCUAGGAUCACAUGGAGCAGAGGGACUGAAAUUCUUGUAAACUCCACCCGGAUGCGUAUUUGGUACGAUGGAAGUCUGGAAAUUAUUAAUGUCACAAGGGCUGACGCAGGCAACUAUACAUGUUUUGUAGAAAACAACAAAGGAAAAGCUAAUGGUUCUUCUACUCUUGUAAUUACAGAUUCUACAAGGAUUACUUUAGCACCAACUAAUGUUGAUGUAACUGUUGGAUACAAUGCUACCAUGCAGUGUCUUGCAGAACAUGAUCCCACUUUGGACCUGACUUUUAUUUGGACGCUCAAUGGAUACCCAAUAGACGUUGACAGAGAGAGCGAUCAUUAUGAAAGGAGCAUCAUGAUCAAGAACAAUGGUGAACUUCUAGUAAAAAAUGCACAACUGCGACAUGCUGGAAGAUAUACAUGUGUUGCUCAGACAAUUGUUGAUAAUGCCACAGCUUCAGCUGAUCUUGUUGUGAGAGGACCUCCAGGACCUCCGGGAGGACUCAGAAUUGAAGAUAUUAGAAACACGUCUGUGGUUAUUCUGUGGAGCCGUGGAACAGACAAUCAUAGUCCUAUUUCAAAUUACACUAUCCAGUCAAGAACCCCUUUACAUGAUGAUUGGAAAGAUGCCAAAACAGAUCCUACAAUAGUUGAAGGAAAUGCGGAAUCAGCCAAGGUGAUUGAUUUAAUCCCAUGGAUGGAAUACGAAUUUCGGAUAAUGGCUACUAAUACUUUAGGGACAGGAGACCCUAGUAUACCUUCGAAGAAGAUUCGAACAGAUGGAUCUCCUCCUAAUGUGGCUCCUUCUGAAGUUGGAGGAGGGGGUGGCAGAAAUAGAGAACUGACAAUAACAUGGAUGCCUUUGCCAAGAGAGUAUCAUUUUGGUCAUAAUUUUGGAUACAUAGUAUCCUUCACGCCCUUUAAUCAAAACUCCUGGAAGAGAGUUACAGUUCCUCAGCCGGAUGCUAGUCGAUAUGUCCACAAGGAUGAGUCGAUGCUUCCUUCCUCACAGUAUCAAGUAAGAGUGAGAGCAUUUAAUAACAAAGGGGAAGGACCUGACAGUAUUACUGUUUCCAUCUCUUCAGCAGAAGAUGCUCCCACAGAGAAACCAAAAAGAGUGGAUGUAAAAGUCAGAUCAGCCACUGAAGUCACUGUUAUUUGGCAGCAGCUUACCCAGCAGAUUGAUGGGUAUGAGAUUCGCUACUGGUCUGCUUAUGAAAAAGAAAUAGCUGCAAACAGAGUACAAGUGAGCAAUCAGAAUUUUUCAGUAAGGCUGGAAAACCUGAGGCCUGACACACGAUAUACUGUGGAAGUGUAUGCCUUUAACAGUGCAGGCUUUGGCCCUGCCAGUAAUAGAGUGUCCUUCACAACACAAAAAGCACCUCCAAGACAAAGACCAAAAAUUACCAGUUAUGUUAGAUCUGGUUCAAAUUACAUCAUCACCUGGGACCAUGUCCGGUCAGAUUCUAAUGAAUCAGAUGUGAAAGGAUAUAAAGUGCUUUAUAGACCAGACGGCCAGUUUAAUGGUACACUGGUUACCACUGGUAAACAUUAUAUAGCGGUUCCUGCUCCUGUUACGGGUCAAUAUGUUGUUGAAGUUCGAGUGCACAGUGAUGGAGGAGAUGGAGAAGUAGCUCAAGUAAAAAUUCCAGGUAAGUGGGCAUUAAAUAUGUCUGAAUUUGAAGCUUCA